AUGGCACACUUGCACCUUGUCUCUGCUCCUGCUCGCUACCAGGCAGACGAAGCCAUGGUUGGAGAUAACAUCUCCAUCGACAUCCCGGGCCUCCCUGACGAUCCAGACUCAGGCCUGACUGUGGCCGAGAAGGCCGCACUCGACCGAAAGCUCCUCUGGAAGCUUGACUUGAUGCUUCUUCCUUGGCUGUGCUUCCUCUACCUCAUCUGCUUCCUAGACCGUACAAAUAUCGGCAAUGCCAAGAUCGCCCACCUCACCAAAGAUGUUCACAUGUCGACGACUCAGUACAAUCUCACCCUCACGGUCUUCUUCAUCUCGUAUGCUGCUUUCGAGGCCAUCGCCAACGUCCUUAUCAAGCGCUUCCGUCCCUCUGUUGUGCUGCCAAUCAUAAUGGCACUCUGGGGGCUAUGUAUGCUCAGCAUGGGCUUCGUACACAACUGGAGCGGUUUGAUGGCUGCGCGUUGGUUUCUUGGUGUCACGGAAUCCGGUCUCUUCCCUGGAGUCAACUAUUACCUAUCUUGCUGGUAUCGGCGUUCCGAGCUGGCCCUUAGGGCCGCCAUCUUCUUCUCCGCAGCCGCGCUUUCGGGAUCCUUUGGCGGCCUUCUUGCCGCUGCUAUCGAGAAUCUUGACAGCAAGGGGGGCAAGCCAGGCUGGGCAUGGAUCUUCAUCAUCGAGGGGGCCAUCACCGUUAUCGUCGGCCUUGUCUCCUUCUGGAUGGUGCACGACUUCCCCGACGAGGUCAAGUUCUUGUCUGAGGACGACCGCGCCCGUGUUCUCCGCCGCCUGACCCUCGAUCAGCAGCACUCGGCCACUCGCGAGGACUUCAAGAUUAUGUACUUGUGGCAAGCACUGAAGGACUGGAAGACCUAUGCCGGUAUGCUCUUGUACAUGGGUCCGUUGAUGCCAUUGUACAGCUUCUCGCUCUUUCUUCCGACAAUCAUCGCCAACCUCGGCUUCACGACGAGCACGUCCAUCGUCAAGAACCAGCUCUUGAGUGUCCCGCCGUACGCAGUCGCCGCUGUUGCGACAGUCGCUAUAGGAUACCUGUCCGACCGGCAGAAGAAGCGUGGCCUGUACAACAUCAUUUGCGCACCUGUGGGCAUUCUCGGGUUUUCGAUGCUGCUGGGGUCGACCAACCCUUCUCUCCAGUAUGCGGGCACUUUCUUUGCCGCAACUGGGAUCUAUCCCACCAUCCCCAUCACUACGGCAUGGAUUUCGAACAAUGUCGACGGUGUGUACAAGCGAGGCAUCGUCCUGGGCCUCGUCAUAGGAUGGGGUAACCUCAACGGCGUGGUCUCGUCCAACGUCUUCUUUCAUCCCCCGCGUUUCGUCGAGGGACACGCUACAAUCAUCGCCUACAUGACGGUCUGCAUCUUAGGUGGCAGCAUUCUCAUGUGGAUUCUUCUGACCCGUGAGAAUGCCAAGCGGCGCAAUGGAGACCGCAAUCAUUGGGUCGAGGGCAAGACUCAAGAGGAGAUUGAGGAGAUGGGCGACCGCCAUCCUGACUUUAUAUUCACUACUUGA